UCCUUGAUUUUCUGAUGUAGGAUUAGCUGAUUCCAGAGUAGAGGAAAUAGGAAAGUAGAGGAAAGCAAAAAACAUGGUUCUAUGCUUAAUUUCGGCCAGCUCGAGUUUCUCUCUGCAGCCUGGGCGUUCGAGAUGUCUCUGCAAAUGUAUGAGAGUCCAGAAUUGCGGGAGAUAUUUCAUGAAGCAUGCUGAUAUUACAAGGCAUAAGAUAAUCCCUUCUGCUAGGGUAGAUACAGUUGGUUUGGAGGUUUUUGUAGUUUCAGACUUGCAUACAGAAUACGAGGAGAACAUGGCAUGGGUUAAGGGUUUACCAAAAAAGGGGAAGAAAAAGGAAGUUCUUCUCGUUGCAGGUGAUGUUGCAGAGACUUAUGAGAAGUUUGUGUUAACAAUGUCCCUCUUGAAGUCUAGUUUUGAGCACGUGUUCUUUGUGCCUGGAAAUCACGACCUUUGGCUCCAUAGGGAGAAAGAGAAUUAUAUUAAUUCUCUUCAAAAGCUGGAUAAAAUGCUUGAUGCAUGUCAGAGGCUUGGUGUGGAAACUAAUCCCAGUGUCAUUGAUGGUUUGGCAAUUAUUCCUCUAUUCUCAUGGUACCACGAGAGCUUUGAUAGGGAAAAGGACAUAACUGGCAUCCGCAUUCCAUCUUUGGAGCUGGCAUGUAAGGACUUCCGUGCAUGCAAGUGGCCUGAUGGACUCAUAAAUGGAGAUAACUCCCUUGCUACACAUUUUGAUGCCAUGAAUGACAAGAAUCAGGAUACAAUCCAGGAAAUGAUGGCAAGGUGCAACCAAAUAAUUUCAUUCUCACACUUUAUUCCGAGACUAGAGCUUUGUCCAGAGAAGAGAAUGCUUUUCUAUCCCAACCUUCCAAAGAUGAUCGGUUCUGACUUUCUGGAGGCUCGAAUAAGAUACAUACAUGGAGCUAGAGGGAGCACAAAUGCUUGUCAUAUUUUUGGUCACACCCAUUUCUGCUGGGAUGUCCUGCUUGAUGGAAUCAGGUAUGUACAGGCGCCAUUAGCGUAUCCAAGAGAGCGGAAGAGAAGAAUGAAUGGAGGAGAAGACUGGCUGCCAUUUUGCAUCUACUCUAAUGGUAAACUCACAGAGAAUAUAUCUCCUUGUUAUUGGCCUGAUUAUUAUGCCUCUAAUGCCAGAACCCCUGAUGUAACUGAACUUGCUCCAUGGGUUGCCAGAUACUAUCGCAAACUUUAGCAAUCUCUAAAGAAGAAACUUGUUCCAAGGCCUAGCCAAAUUUGUUGUACUAUUAUCAUUUUGUAAUUUGUUUCCAUCAGCCAUGGUAUUCAUUCAGUUCUGCCACUA